CCAAGACCACACGUGUGUAUGCUUCCGUUUCUUUUCUCUUUCUUUUCCCCCACUCGUGCACAUUCAAAGUACUCUCAACUUAUUAACUCAAGAGAGAGAAAGUGAAGAGGAGAGAGAGUGUGUCUGAGAGUUUCAUGAAAUGGGUUUCUUCUUGCAAGGGGAGAGCAGUAGUGGGCAGAGAUAUGAGAUGGGUCUCUUGAUGAGAGAUGAAGGAGAAGGGCAAAAUGGGAAUAAUGAGGAGAAAAUGAAGAGGGAGUACUCAAAGUUUUGUGCUAGAGGGCAUUGGAGGCCAGCUGAGGAUGCUAAGCUCAUAGAGCUUGUAGCUCAACAUGGCCCUCAGAACUGGAAUCUUAUCGCUCAGAGUCUUGAAGGCAGAUCAGGAAAGAGCUGCAGGCUAAGAUGGUUCAACCAACUGAACCCAAGAAUCAGGAAGCAUCCCUUCACUCAAGAGGAAGAAGAAAGACUGUUGGCGGCCCAACGGGCCUUCGGCAACAAAUGGGCCUUGAUUGCCAGGCUUUUCCCGGGGAGAACAGACAACGCAGUGAAGAACCACUGGCAUGUGAUCAUGUCGAAAGAGCACAGGAGUCAGAGGAGGAGAUCAAAGCAUUGCAUCAAAAGCUCUGUCUCAAAUCCUCCACCAUUAAUCCACUGUUUAUUUCCAAAUAAUGCAGGGGUCAUCAAUGGGAUUAAUUACAAUGAGUUUAGUGGAGAAUCAAGUAACAGCAACAGAUACGAGUCUGUGUCAACUUGCACUGAUCUCUCUCUAAAUUCCACUAGUAGAGCUGGUUUUGGGCUAAUUAAAAGCUAUAGCUCUCAGUUGCAACAACAUGGCUUUGCUGAUAAGUGUGCAAGAAGUACAGGAUGGUAUGGGGAUGCUUUGAGAUUGGUGUCAGGUGUUGAUCAGUCUGGUUAUUCUGAUUCCCACUCGGAGGCCUCAGCAGCUGAAUCAGUGGUUAGCAACAUGAGCAAUAAUGGAGCUGUGAAUGGAGACAGGGAGCAUGAGAGCGAGAAAAUUGGCUUCCCCUUCUUUGAUUUUCUGGGUGUUGGAGCAAUGUAAGAGGCCAAAACUCAAUCGAAGGGAUGUAUAGGGUUAAAGUAGAAGGUAGAGAUCAGAGUUCUUUGUUGUGGGAAACUGUUUGUAGUUCUUUGUUUCUUUAAUCGAGGAGGUUUAUGAUGCUAA